AUGGUGGUUCACUUGUGUAACGAAAAACUGGAAGACUACGUAAAACUUCUUAAUUUUCAUUGGCGUUUCGUGCUUGUGGUUUGUGUUUUGAACCUAUCAUUCGCUGUGGUCGCAGUUCUGGGUAAUGUCCUCGUCAUACGGGCCCUGAUGAAAGCAAAGACGAUAUCAGCUACUUUACGACCACUUUUCUUGAGCCUAGCUGUUUCAGAUCUCACUGUUGGAUUAUUUGCGCAGCUAAUGGUUGGAGUUGUUAUGGCUGUUAUGUUCCAAAUGUCUGCUGGUGGAAAUUUCAACUCUGACUCAUUCUGUCCUUUUAUUGUGACCAUAUCACAACUCUCUUUGUAUGGGCUGGUGACUGCAUCUGUUCUAUCGGUCGCAGCCAUAGCAAUCGACAGGCUCCUUGCGGUGUCGCUUCAUCUACGAUACCGAGAACUAGUCACGCCAAGACGAACUAUCAUUGUCGUUACUUUAUCUUGGAUUUCCAGUGGUAUUAUUGCCAGCAUUUACAUGUUUCUUCCCAACUACAAUGACAUCGUGGGAGUUUUUAUGGAAGUAUUAGUGCUUCUUGUGACAGCAAUUGCUUAUUGUCGAAUCUACAAGGUUGUGCUUUAUCAUCGAAAUCAAAUACAAAGUCAGAUCUCACAUCAAGAGGCAAUUGAGUUUGCUCGAGAGAAACGAUCGAGCCUAAAUACCUUUUGUGUAUUCGCGGUCUUGCUAGCUUGUUAUCUCCCAGACUUAUGUUGUGGUAUCUUGAUUUUAGCUGAAGAAUCUCGAAGGCAAUUUCUGAUUGCGUUCCACGCAUCAGGCUUCUUGGUAUUUCUUAAUUCUUCAAUUAAUCCCGUGAUCUAUUAUUGGCGAUAUCAAGAGAUUCGUAGGAUCAUGAAAAACACUGUCAGAUCGUGUAUUCGACGGAAAUUGGUUAUGAGGCAGUGCCGUAUUUCUUCACUCUAG